UCAAUGAUGGAUUGGUGUGGGGGUCAGUGAUGGGUCAGUAGUGAGGUCUGUGGUGGGGUCAGAGAUGGGGUCCAUGGCAGGUCAAACGACUGAUCAGUGAUGAGUGUUGGGUCAUUGAUGGUCAGUGAGGGUCAGUGGUGGGGUGAGGACCUGUUCAGGAGGUGCAGCCGUGAGGUGGGAGCAGCAAUCAGCUGGGUGAUGCCGUUUCAGUAUCUGUGUGUGAGUGAUGUGUGGUUUGGAGCAAUCGGGGUGCAGGCAGGGUGAGUGCUCUGUGUGGGGGUGCUGCGUGGGAAGCAGGGGGUGCUCUGUGGGGCCCUGGACAGACGUGUCAUUCACACUGGGGAAGCAGAAGCAGGCCCUAUGAUUGGUCAUGAGCCUGGGCUGCUUCCUGCUGCGUUGGCACCCAGGGCAAAGGAGCCAGCAGCAGCAGGCAGGUGAGAAGAAUGGGUUCCAUGUCAGAGGAGCUCAGCUUGGUCCCCUUGCACCAGAGGCCGGAGCUGCUGGAAGCCUGUGCCGAGCUGCUGGGCGAGGAGUGGGGGAAGAGCCGGGCGUCGCGGCUCCACACCCUGCAGCGCUCCUCGGACGCCUUUCCCACCUGCCUGCUGCUGAUCCGGAGCCUGGGCCCCAGCCAGACCCCUGCUGCCCGGGAGGGGCCCUGCGAGCUCGUGGGCCAUGCCCGCCUGUCCCGCGUGGUUGGCCGUCCCCAUGACCUCUUUGUGGAGAGCGUGGUGGUGUCCCGGGCGCUGCGGGGCCAGGGCUAUGGGCGGCGCCUGAUGGAGGCCACUGAGCGCUGGGCCUGGGCCCGGGGCUUUCGCUGCCUGCGCCUCACUACCCACGACAAGCAGCAUUUCUAUGCCCACCUGGGCUUUGUCCUGGGUGAGCCGGUGCAGAGCGUGGCCUUUCUCAGCCCGGCUAUAUCUUCUGAGGUGCUGCGGCUUUUCUCCGCCCCCUCCAGGGCUGCCGCCGCCACCACCAGCAGGCCAUGGGUACCCGCUAACCUGCAGUGGGGGCCCCCUGCACUGCGUGGCGAGGGGGGCAGGUGGCCAAACCCCUCUAAGGCAGCCAGUGUCAGUGAGGGCCAGAGGCAUGGGAGCAGGAAGGUCAGAGAGAGCGUCCGGCCUCGCAACGAGGGAUUAGCACUGUCCUUGCUGUAUCACGCGGCCCUGAGCCCAUUCCCCGCCUAA